CAUUCCAUGAGUUUCCUGUUAAGCAAGGAGCUCAGUAAUGUGAACCAGGAGGAGUGUGGAGCUAAAACCAUCUCCAACACCAGUCUUCAUUGCUGGUUAGCAGUAGCUACGGACAGCUAGUUAGCAUCGUAAACUCUGCAUAUCGGCUGUCCAGGGUUCUAAGUAUUGUGUUGUUUAAGCUUCGGGGUUAGGGUUCAGCUUGUAGGUCAGGAACCCACUAGAGAUCGACACUCAGACGGAUCAGAUUUUCCGCCUACCUGAGGAUGCCUCGUCCACCUUGGCUCAUGCUGGUGCUGGUGUGUGCAUGGAGCUCCACCCCUAGGCUGUCUGCGGCACGUCCAGGCAGGAGUCGAGGACAGGCCCAGGCUGAGCCCCCUGGAGGGGUUAACUACGGCCACACAGACGAGGGGGACGGGGGGCUGGAGGACCCUGCAGCAAGCCUGGGUCCUGAACUCGAUUUCCUGGCAGACUUUGAAGGCAAGAAGCGUCUGUGGGUGGUGACGGCUCCCUCUCACAGUGACCACUACCUGCGCCUGCUGGAGAAGCAGCUCCAGGAUGCUGAGAAGGAGGGGCUCCACUGUCGCCUGGCGGAGAGGGACACCUUCAUCCUCACCAUCAUACAGAACGCCAUGAUGGAGGGGACCCUCCUCAGGACCACCAUACAGGGGGGGGCCACCACAGAGAGCAUGGACCCUGACACUGUCUCCAAGAUCCUCCACUACCUGGAGCUCACCACACAUGACCAGGCCUUCUCCAUGCUCAUCCUGAAGAAAAACCUGCGCGUGAGUGAACGGUUCCCCUACCCUGUCCGUGUGGAAGCCAUUCUGGAGAUCAUCGACCAGCUGCCCAUGAGGAAGCUAGAGAGAAUGACCCGGAAGAGCUCACCUCAGAAGUGCAAGGUCACCAAGAAGAGGCUGGUGAAGAAGAAGGUGUCCCAUCAGAAGAGGAAAGUGUUCAGCCCCCUGAGGCAGGGUAAUGUGACCACAGCUCUCCUCCUGCAGAGCAAGGCCCCCCUGGACAAGAAGGAGGCGCUGAAAAGCAAAAUCCAGGACAUCCUCAGUGGACGCUCUCGCUUCAUCAUCAGGAAAACACCUGCAAGGCCCAGGGGAGGUCAGGGGUCAGGGACCAGCACCAACUCUGAGGGGGAGGAAAGUCCAAGGAGCCAGACAAAGGUCACAGAGAAGGACCGAGGUGUGUCUCUAGGGAAGGAAGAGGUGAAAAACAACAGGUAUGUAUCUGGAGGGGAGUCUGCAGCCGGGGCGAGGAAGGAGACAUCCGGGAUAUCCAGUCAGGGUAAACCAGAGGAAAACGGACACGCAGAGGGAGAGCCGCAGGGAAAGACUUCCUCCAAGAAGAAAGGGAAAGGGAAGAAAGAGGGGAAAGGGAAGAAAGGGAAAGGAAGAGGGAAGAAGUCCAACAGGGAGACAAGUGACAAGGACAAGAAGGCCAUGAAGGAGUUUGUAGAGGCUCUGAAAGGCAACAGAAGACUUCUGGUCGUGACCAGCCCCAGCAGCAGUAGUCCCCAGUAUGUCCAGCAGAGGGAGAACAACGACCUGCACUACUGCGACCUAGCUCUCCGGAAGGUCACCAUGGCAACCAUCCUGGACUCCGGCCACCAGGCCACACUUACCCUGCAGCACUAUCAACUGGACUCUGAGCCUGCAUUCAGCUCCCUGCCAGAGCAGUUCUCAGACCCAGACCUGAUCUCCCAGCUCAGGUCAGAGUUCAGCCUCUCCUCUCAGGACUUCUCCAUGACCAUCACUGACUACGACCUCAAGCCCACGAGGGUGCUGUCUGGGCCUCCAGCACCCCCUGCCUUACUGGACUACAUUGACGGCUUCCCCUCACGCCGGGUAGAGAAGGAGAAGGAAAGGAAAGCCCCGGUGGCGUGCUCUAAGACCCAGGAGCAAUCUGGAGCUCACGACUCACUGCUCAGGUUCAUGUCAAAGCGCAGGCUGCUUAUCAUCUCCACUCCCUCAAAGGAUGACUACUCCUUCCAGCAGCAGCUCAGGGCUUUCAACGGACAGGAGUGUCCCAUGGGUAUCCGCCAUUUUGCUCUGUUGAAGCUGGUGGGAGUCGGAGCCUCAGCUUCUGGGUCUGUGGAGCUGUUUCCUCUCAAUGGCCGCAGCCAGACGGAGGUGGAGCCCUUGUCUGGGGAGGUGGUGGAGGGGCUGAGGGGGCAGCUGAAGAUCAGAGCAGCUUACUUCUCCAUGCUGGUGGUGGGGAAGGAUGGGGAGGUGAAGACCUGGUUCCCCUCGCCCAUGUGGUCCCUGGACAGCAUCUACGACCUGGUAGACUCCAUGGAGCUGCGUCUGGAGGAGGAACGGCUGCAGCGAUCGCUGGGUAUCAGUUGCCCUAAUGACGCCUCCAGAGAUGGGCCCGGUUUUGUUGACGGGAGUUACUAUGGUUACGAGGAGGAGAGGAGAGAAGGCUAUAUGUACCACCAGACACAGGACUGAGAGGAGAGGGCGUGGAACACCACUGUAGGGGUUUUAAUGUUGGCCAAACAACUAAAACAAUGCCCCUUUAUCUAACAGACUAAAAGGUUGGGAUUGCAGUUAUUGCAGUUAUGGGUUAAAUUUGAAUUGUCCAAGUUCAACAAAAAUUCUAUUGAGGCAAAUUUGUUACAAAAAAGGUUUUACAUCGGACCUACUCUACCAUGAUUAUUGUAAUUAUGAUCAACUCAGUACAGACUGCCAGUGCAACAGGAAGUCACACUAUGAGGUGAGAGAAUGCAUCAAGCACAUGCUUCAUCCAACUCCCGGGGUGUCAGCAGCAGCAGUUUACACCAACACAACACACAAUGAACAACAAUACACACGUUACAUAUAAGGUUUCAGCAUCAUUAGAUUCAUGGGAUCACCUCAGCCUUCUUCUUACUCCCUACAGGGAUUGGCUAGUGUCACCAAAUCUCCUUUACAGAACCCUCCCAGCUAAGAUAAUAUAUUUAAAGGUGAAUGUAUUGUAAGUCAUUGUAAGAGCACACUAUAUUCUGAAAAUGUAUACUGGAUGUUUAAGGAUGUUUAAUAUGAUCAUGUGAUAUGGACAGUGAUGGAUGUGCAAUAGGAGGCUGGAGCCAGUAUGUGCCUUCACUGCAGAGGCCAGCCUGGGCUGUGGAAGCUGGGGAACCCCUGGCAGGGCUAAAAGUCCACAACCAGGAAAGAGCACAAAACAUCCUAUCUAACCAAACAACUUGUCCUUGAUGUCUCUUUGUGUUGAGGGGGAGAAUACGAAUGUAUACAGCUUUUCUCCUUGUUUCUGUCAUUAAAGGUUAUUUUCUCUA